AUGGGGACGGUAGUGCAGGCGCCGCCGCCCAGGAAGGGAGGAGAGAAGGAUGAGCAGGAGCACAUCUUCCGGGGCCGCGCAGUGCCGGUGCUGGAGGGCGUCACGCUCCCCGAGUUCGUGCUGCAGGGGGCGGAGCGCUACGCCGAUAAGGUGGCGCUCGUGGAGGCCGCCACCAGGAGGGAGUACACGUACGGUGCCUUGGCCCGCGACGUCGGUCGCCUGGCAAAGGCGCUCCGGUCGCUGGGGCUGAGGAAGGGCGACGUGGUGGUGGUCGUCCUCCCCAACGCCGCCGUCUACCCGGUCGUCGCGCUCGGCGUCAUGGCCGCCGGCGGCGUCUUCUCUGGGGCCAACCCCCUCGCGCUCCCGUCGGAGAUUGGCAAGCAGGUGGAGGACGCCGAGGCGAAGCUCCUCGUCACCGACGCCCAGUUCUACUGGAAGGUGACCUUCACCGACCUGUUGCCGGCGACGGAGAAGAGUAAGGUACUCAGCGUGGAACCAUGGAAUGCAGGUGGCGGACAUGGGAGUGCCCAUCAUCCUCGUCGGAGAAGAACGCCCCGCAGAGUGCACUGCCAUGUACUGGGACGAGCUGCUGGAGGCCGCGGACCGUGCCGGCGGCGCCGGGAGAGAGGAUGAGGACGACACGAGAGUGGUGCAGUCGGACCUCUGUGCUCUGCCUUACUCCUCCGGCACCACCGGCGUCUCCAAGGGCGUCAUGCUGACCCACCGCAAUGUGGUAGCCAACCUCUGCUCCACGCUGGACGGCGUCGGGGAGGAGAUGGUGGGGCAGGUGGUCACGCUGGGCCUGAUGCCCUUCUUCCACAUCUACGGCAUCACCGGCAUCUGUUGCGCGACGCUGCGCAACAGAGGCAAGGUCGUGGUCAUGUCGCGGUUCCAGGUGCGGGACUUCAUGGAGGCGCUCAUCGAGCACGAGGUCAACUUCGCCCCCAUCGUGCCGCCCAUCAUGCUGACCAUGGUGAAGAGCCCCUUGAUGCGGGAGUUCGAUCUGGCACGCCUCAAGCUUAGGGCCGUCAUGACGGCGGCCGCCCCGUUGGCCCCGGAGCUCCUCUCCGAAUUCGAGUCCAAGUUCCCCGGCGUGCAGGUGCAGGAGGUACGUGCCUACCUUCCUGCCCCGUCGCAGAUUUUAUAGCAGGUAGGCGGAGAGGCGGCCCCCUCGAGCUGUGACAAUCAUGAUCUGUCUCUGACGAUGCAUCUCCGCCGGCGUGGUGUUGUUGUUGUUGGUGGUGGUGGUGUCGGCGGCGGUGGGCAGGCGUACGGGAUGACGGAGCACAGCUGCAUCACGCUCACCCACGGCAACCCCGCGCUGGGGCGCGCGACCGCGAAGAGGAACUCCGUCGGGUUCGUCCUCCCGAACCUGGAGGUCAAGUUCGUAGACCCCGACACCGGUCGCUCCCUCCCCCGCAACGUCCCCGGCGAGCUCUGCGUCAGGAGCCAAUGCGUCAUGCAAGGUACGCCCGGCGGCAGAGAAGAUGGCGGCGGCGUUCUUCUCUCUCCGCCGCCUCAGCGCCACCUCUCUCACCGUUAACUCUCGCUCUUCCUUGGUGGUGUGGGGUUUGCCGGAAUCCGCAGGUUACCACAAGAACAAGGAAGAGACGGAGAGGACGGUGGACUCGGCGGGGUGGCUCCACACCGGUGAUGUCGGCUACAUCGACGACGACGGCGACGUCUUCAUCGUCGACCGCAUCAAGGAGCUGAUCAAGUACAAGGGUUUCCAGGUAAAAAUAUCCCCUCGUCGCAUCACUCGUAUUCAUCCCCCCGGACAAGAUGACAACAUUUGGGUACUGCACCAUGUGACCCUAAGUCUCUGUCACACAGUCGCAGGGAUUGCUGACCACUACGACCUUGUCAUUACUGCUUUCCCUCUCUCUCUCGUUUUCUUUCCUUUUUCUACUUUCUCCCGCUUUCAACAGUUUCCCCGCUGGGGCAUCCGACGGGGCAGGUACGCGGGAUGCCUCCUACAGAACGACGAUCGUGUUGGGGAAUGCAUCCUGCCGAGUGAUUGAUUGACUUUUCAUCCCUGUGAAUCAUGUGCGUCGUUGUCGUUUGACCUGCUGAGUUAACUGUGCGGGGCAUGUGCAGGUGGCUCCGGCGGAGCUCGAGGACGUCCUGCUCUCUCACCCCUCCGUCCAAGACGCUGCCGUCUUCCCGUAGGCCCACUCCUGCUCUAAACGCCGUGCAGCUCUCGUCUUCUGUUCUAAACGCCGUCGCUCCUCUCGCGCGAUGGGCAGGCUGCCGGAUGAGGAGGCCGGCGAGAUCCCGGCGGCGUGCGUGGUUAUGGCGCGGGCGGCCGGCGAGAGCGAGGAGGAGAUCAUGGGGUAUGUGGCCUCCAACGUGGCCUCCUACAAGCGGGUCAGAUCGCUGCACUUCGUGGACGCCAUCCCCAAGUCGCCCUCGGGGAAGAUCAUGAGGAGGUUCCUUAGGGACGAGCUCCUGAAGAAGAGCGGCCAGCGGACGAAUCCCAGCGGGAAAACCCAACAGCAGGAGGGGUAUGCUGAUGCCGUCGUGUAA